AAGAGGACACGUCGGGGUUUUUUUUAGUAACUGAAUGCUUGCGGAAGACCGUGCUUGAUAGUCCAGCCGCUGCUACCGCAGCGUUUUGCCGCGCUCAAGCGCAGUUGAGUUUCGAAUCUGACGCGACCGGGGUGUUUUUACAUGGUCGAGUGACUGAAUGAACAUCAAGUAAAACCGUGAAACCGCGCCCAACGGGACCAGCCACGAGUAAAAUAACAGAUAAGAGAGGUGAAACUACUACCUAUAUGGUUUUAGAAGCAUUUCGCCUAUGGCAAAUCGGGAAAAGAACAAAAAGACACUUCUAGAGUUGGUGAAGCUACCAGAAAAUAGCCGCUGUGCUGACUGUGGAGCUGCAGAUCCUGACUGGGCUUCGUGUACACUGGGAAUAUUUGUGUGUGUAAACUGUUCUGGAACUCAUCGCAAUCUUCCUUCCAUAAGUCGUAUCAAGUCUAUACGCUUAGACUUCUGGGAUGAUGAUCUUGUUCAGUUCAUGAAGGCCAAUGGAAACCGUUCUGCCAAAAACAUCUAUGAGAAAUUUGUCCCAGUCUUCUAUUAUCACCCCCACCCGUACGAUUGCGAGGUCCUCAAAGAACAAUGGAUUCGAGCCAAAUAUGAAAGAGAAGAGUUUACAGAGGAAAAAAGAGAAAGGCCUUACACAGCAGGUGUCUAUGAGGGCAGGCUGUGGAAAAAGGGAAAGGACAAUGGACAGUUUCUCGAGAGGAAGUUUGUUCUUUCAGUGCAAGAUUUUACCCUCAAAUACUACAAGGAGGAUGAGUCUAAGGGACCAAAAGCUACUAUUUCUGUGAAGGACUUGAAUGCAACCUUCCAGCCUGAGAAGAUUGGACAUGCUCACGGCCUUCAGAUCACCUACUCUGUCGAUGAUCACACCAGAAACCUUUUUGUUUACCAUAAAAAUGGACAGGAGAUUGUCAAUUGGUUUAAUGCCAUUAGAGCUAUUCGCCAUACCUACCUGAAAACAGCCUUUCCUACAGCUAGUGAUGGAGAUCUAAAACCAUGGAUAACCAGAAGCUAUUUAAAAGAAGGUUACAUGGAGAAGACUGGCCCACUGCAGCGAGAGCCGUUCAAGAAAAGAUGGUUUAUUUUGGAUUCCCUGGACAGGAAGCUACUCUAUUUUAAAACACAACUGGAUGCCAUUGAGCUUGGGGUAGUUUUCAUUGGCUCAGAGAAUCAUGGAUAUUCAGUGAGAGAGUGUGUGCCUAAAGGGACGAGAGGCAACAAAUGGAAGUGUGGGUUAAUUGUGGAGACGCCAGAUCGGCAGUUCGUCUUCAUGUGCGAGCAGGAGCGCGAUCAGAGAGAGUGGGUGGAGGCCUUGAAAACUGUCAUCUCAAAACCCAUGAUGCCACAAGAUUACACCACCGAAGCCAAUAUUCGUAGACGGAGGUGAAGACGAUGACUGCAUGGGACAGUAUGCUCAGCCUCUGUCACUAAAUCUAUUUCAAAUAAACCCGGACAUUCUAGGUGAAUCUAGGGUUGAACAUUUGAGUCCCAGACAUGAUUUACUCAAAAGGAACUGUGGAAGAAUGUGCCUUUUUUUAGGCAU